CUCCUCUCUCUUCUCCCUCUCCCUCUCUUGCUGCGCGCUACUCUGCUCUGCUGCAGUGGAUGGUCCUCACGGUGCGCUCGCAACUCGUCUCCGUGGGGGAGAUCUGAGCAUCUCACUGUCAUUUUCCCACCCUUGUUUCGUUUCUAGCCCUCGUUCUUUUGCCUCCCACCUACCUAUCGUCAGAGGGUCUGGAUAAAUGUGAGGGAAAAGUCAUAGGAUAGAUAAGUGCGAAGGGAAGAGCUCAGAAAGUCUUUAUUCCAACAUCUCAUGCACAUAUGACUGUGUUAUGUUCUGCCGUCUCCGGGUGACAGAGAAGCGUGUGCUCUUAGAUACGUACUGCUUUUAGACUCUCUGCCAGACCAGCAGUAUUCAUGGUCGCCCUCGCAGUACUUCGAUGAGGACAGCUACUCCCCUCCACCCAGGAACAUGAAGGGUCUCUCUGGCGGCCGCCCUGCCCAGCUCCAACUCACCUCAGCCCACACCUGCGGCUUGGCUGAAUGCGACCAUUCCCUGGAUCAUCACCUCCACCAUGGCAAUUCACGCCCCCCCUCCUACCUCCUCAGCCCCACUGAAAGCUGUCCCCUUGAGAGUCACCACCGCUGCUCCCCACGGAGCUCCAUCCACUCUGAGUGCAUGGUGAUGCCAGUGUCCAUGUCGGCCACUGACCACUCCAUAUCUAGUAGCACUUUCCCCCGCAUGCACUACGGCAGCGCCUCGCGGGACAGCGGUGGCAACACUUCUGGUGGCAGGGAAUCCAGAGAGGACGGUGGCUCAUCCUCGCACGGUGGCAGUGGCAAAAUGAACCGAAUCCCAGCAAACCUCCUGGACCAAUUUGAGAAGCAGAUGCCGCUGCACCGGGAUGGCUUCCACACACUGCAAUACCAACGCACCUCCACCACAACCACAACUACAGAGCAGCGUAAUGAAAGCCCUGGGCGAAUACGUCACUUAGUCCAUUCGGUACAAAAGCUUUUCACAAAGUCACACUCUCUAGAAGGUUCCUCCAAAAUGAACGGUACCAAAAGCGACUCGCACCGGGACAACUCUCACCACCACCAUCACCACCACCAAGGCCACCACAAACACAGCAAACGCAGCAAGAGCAAAGAACGCAAAUCUGACGGUAGCGGCAAGCAGCGCUCGGGAGGCUGGUGGAGUUCGGAUGACAACCUGGAUAGUGACAGCACAUACAGAACACCCAGCGUCAUGUCACGGCAUCCUAUGGACCACAUCAGCCACUGCUACCCUGACUCAAUGCAUGGCCACCUGGCUGGAGACCUGUCGCUGAAGACAUCCAAGAGUAACAACGAUGUCAAGUGCUCAGCCUGCGAGAGCAUAAGCAUGGCACCAGAGGGAAAGUUCAUGAAGAGGAGCUCCUGGUCAACGCUAACGGUCAGCCAAGCCAAGGAGGCCUACAGGAAGUCCUCUCUCAACCUGGAAAAGCCCAUGACGCCCACCGACCUCAAGCCCAACCUCAGGCCCUGUCACUAUCUACAGGUACCCCAGGAUGACUGGGGGGGUUACCCUGGCGAUGGGAAGGAUGACGAGAUCCCUUGUCGUCGGAUGCGGAGCAGCAGCUACGUUAAAGCCAUGGGGGACGAGGAGAGCGGAGAGUCGGACUCCAGCCCCAAGACGUCGCCUCAGAAGUCGGUGCGGCCGGACGCCCUGGUCAAGGCCAUUAUCAGACCCAGGGACUUGUUGGACUCCCAGAGCUCUUACCGCCUGGAUAAAAUCAACAGUGACAUGCGUAACUACAUCACCAAUUUUGCUGCAGACUUAAGUCAGAGCUACCACUUGCAAGCCACCAGAGACAUGCACCCAAGCAUUGCCCUGGAUCCCUCUGCCAACUACAACUCUCCCAAGUUUCGCUCCAGGAACCAGAGCUAUAUGCGGGCCGUCAGCACUCUUAGUCAGGCUAGCUGUGUUAGCCAAGUGAGUCAGGUGAGUGAAACAGAAAUAAAUGGCCAGUUUGAAUCAGUGUGUGAGUCAGUGUUCAGUGAAGUGGAAUCCCAGGCCAUGGAAGCUUUGGACCUGCCUGGCUGCUUCAGAACCCGGAGUCACAGCUACCUGCGAGCCAUCCAGGCCGGCUACUCCCAAGACGAUGACUGCAUCCCCCCCAUGGCCUCCACCGUCACCUCCACCAUCAGGUCUACUACAGGAAUCCAGUUCUGUCUCCCCUCCACCUGCAGCAUUGAUCGGACUCCCCAGCAAACCCCAGCCAUCACUUACACACCCAACUACAAGAAGACCCCUCCUCCGGUCCCGCCUCGCACCACCUCCAAACCCCUCAUCUCCAUCACGGCCCAGAGCAGCACUGAGUCCACCCAGGACGCCUACCACGAGGGGAGACACCCUCAUGGUGGGAUGUGGGCCCCUGAAGGCCUCAGCCUUGGACUGGGCCCAGGCAGGGCCCUCUACAACUCUAACGACAGCCUGGACAGUGCCAAGGCUGUGACUAUAGCCAUGGAGGCAGCCGGAGUCAUGGCUGGAAAAAGACACCCGUCCACAGACAGCCACAGCUCGGUGCUCACCUGUGACAAGGCCAUCCUGGUGUCCAAGGCAGAGGAGUACUUGAAGACACCUCGAUCCUCUAUAGGGAUACAGGUGGAAGCAGCCACGGACUCUGAAUCUGAAAGCAAAGGCUCGCGGGAGUACCACUCUGUUGGGAUCCAGGUGGAGGACAACAAGAAGGGACAGGGCAGGUUCAAACGCUCCAACAGUGUGACUGCAGCUGUGCAGGCUGACAUGGAGUUGGAGGGCUUCCCUCUCAUGGAGGACAAAGGCCUGCAGUUUGGAGGGGGCUUCCAGCGUCACUCAGAGCCCAGCACGCCCACCCAGUACGGGGCGGUGCGAACUGUACGUACACAGGGGCUCUUCAGCUACCGUGAGGAUUACCGUACCCCUACUGAACCCCCCAGUCCCAGGGAGACCACCAGCGAGACCACCUGGCAGCUGGAACCCCCCUCCCCACGGGACAGCGCGGUCUCAUCGGGCGAGUCAGGCAGGGCGUCCCCGUCCCUGAGGAGGGAUGGGAGCUGGUUCAUGCAACUGCUCCACACGGAGACUAAGAAGAUGGAGGGCUGGUGUAAGGAGAUGGAAGCAGAAGCUGAAGAGAAUGACCUGUCAGAGGAAAUUCUAGGCAAAAUCCGAAGUGCAGUGGGAAGCGCGCAGCUGCUCAUGUCUCAGAAAUUCCAGCAAUUCUACUGGCUGUGUCAGCAAAACCUGGAUCCCAGUGCCAUGCCGCGGCCCACCUCUCAGGACCUGGCUGGGUUCUGGGACCUACUGCAACUCUCCAUUGACGACGUCACCGUGAAGUUUGACCAGCUGCAGCAAAUCAAGAGCAACAACUGGAGGCCAGUAGACAGCCCAGAGAAGAAGCCACCAGCUCCUGUACCAAAGAAGACAGUUCGACAGAAGAGUGUGAUAACGAGGGAGAAAUCCCUGGACCUCCCAGACAGGCACCGACAGGAGGCCCGGCGGCGGCUCAUGGCCGCUAAGCGGGCAGCCUCCUUCAGGCAGAACUCAGCCUCGGAGCGAGCAGACAGCAUCGAGAUCUAUAUUCCCGAGGCUCAGACUAGACUUUGAGAAGAUAGGGUCCAGGGCCUACACGUCUCCCUGCUCCCACAUUCAAACAACUUUAAAACUAGCCUUUUUUCUAGACUGCUAUGCUCUCUACUCUUCCUUUAUCCAUCUUUUGUCUGAUCUCGAUCUCGCCAUCCUCAGAGCCCAUCGCCAACACCAUUGGUCUGUAGGAUGUGCCAACCCUCUUCUCGUAUUGCCAAUAAGUGUUAGCAGAAAUGUAUGUCUGACAUGGGUUGGUUGGGUUUCUCCUUGGUUUGCUGGUGAUCAUGAUACCCAGCCUACAAGCUCUCUCAUCCAAUAUCCUGGAUGGGUAUGUCUGUAGUUUUUCAGCAUUUGCAAAGUGCCAUUUAAAAAAGUGCAGCUUUGAAAACCUACCAGCAACCAGGCCUUUGAGCUAAAAAGAGUAAAUGAGAGAAAUUAUAUUUAUUUCAAGUUGUUAAAAAAUGGUAAAAGUUAGUAACCCUUCAGUAUUUUUCAAUAAUUUAAGGUUAUAUUAUGACUUUUUUUUGGGGGGGGGGGGGGUAAAUGUUAAUUCCGAGCUAAAUAUCACAGAAUUGUUGUAAGUUCAAAACUUUUAAAGUGCCAAUGCUUGAAAUACCUCAACUAUGUGCAUGUGGCACUGAUCACCCAUUCAAGGUUAUUCAGGCAGCCCUUAUAAGCUCUGGACUGGUCAGUGUUGAAAAAUGCAGCUUUCUACCCAAUCUGGUUGUAGUCAAACAUUUUACUUGGCCUGGAUUGGUGGAAGAAUGACAUUUGUCACCUCAUUAACAUGCACAUUUCAAACAACUUUCCUAUGUAUCUCAUGUUCCUGUUGCCAACUUUCAAAUAUUGACAUUUACUUGAAGCUGAAAACAUGCAGGUCUUGUGCCAACAUUUCCAUUAUGUCAAUGCAGUAGAAAAAACUAUGAAGGUUUGUUUAACUCCUUAGAUCAAAAUGUGUAGAGAAAUGCACUUAUGCACUUAUUACAAUUCUCUCUAUUUCCAAGGGAAAUGUACAUACCCAAGUUCACAAUAGUACUGUUGUAUUUUUGAAUUGUGAGCGGGGAAGAAUAUUCAUUGUGUAUAUUUUUUCCCUCAUGUCCACUGCUUGCCUGCCCUCUGCCCUAUUGCUUUUGACAAAUCUAGAUUUGUUGCAUACAUCCAGUGUCUUGAACACACACACAAAACCAUACUGCAUUGUUUUCAUCUAACAUACUUCUCUCAGGCCCUUUCAAGUAGCGCCCUCAACCACAGUUAAUGAGGAGUGAUAGAAAAACCGCCAAAACAAAAUAUCUGCAUACUAGUUUCUUUAAUACAAGAUCAUAUUUCUUGGAAAGUUCUGUGUUGUUGAAAGUCUCCUGAAGCAGUAUCAACACUGCAUUCACUCCCUCUAGGAAAUACUGGGAAAUAAUUGGGGCAAAGGCAUUCCAGAGGGAUGCAAGCAGCAAGUCCCAAACAAUUAAAACUUUGCAAGUCUCCGGUUAAGAGGAAGUACAUGAGGAACAGGAUAUUUACUGUGGCUAUGCAGAUUCACGUAUGAUGUUUUGUCACAACAUGAUGUAGUUUAGCUAUAAAUUAUUAUUUGCUUUGAGUCCCAUGACAAUGUUGAGAUUUACCAAUUGCACCAGAUCUUCCUAAGUUCAAACGUAGCCUACUUCUGACUUAAGUGUUCAACAUUAAGUGGAGAUUUCCAUAUCACUAAAUUAUAACGGGUUGACCACACAAACAAAUUCUACAUAUUGGUUGUUACAAAAUACUUACACAUACACUGCCAGGUGUAACUGUUACCUAGCUAACAUAAACAACUGACAAAACCAACGUUAGCUUGCAUACAUAUGACCUGUUUAGACUGAUGAGUAAAAGAAUAAAGAUAUUACAUUUCAUGAAAAUAACACUCCACAAAUUACGGAGCUGUAUGCUAAUAAUGUGCAGGCUAAAACACUAAAUGUGUUAGCUUAGCAUAAUCAGAUAAUUCCAGCUAAGCUGUUACUAACUCUUAACUCGAACAUUUGAAAUACUAAAUGCUUGCUAGGUAAGACAUUUUUUCAAAGUUUCUAUGGUAUGCUACAACAUGAUUUAGUAAAUCACUAGCUUGAAAGUAGCCAGUAGAUAAGAACUUAGGAAGGACUUUACACACAAACUUAGUAAUGGAUUUAUGAAUAGCUGGUGCAGCCGUGUAAUGGUAUGUGAUGUGAAAGUGGAUAAGAGUCUUUAGUGGUCAUAUAGAAUUUACUUUAGUGCCAGGUGGUUAUAAGUAAAUUGUUCAUAAAGGUAAACUCAUCUUGAGCAAAAGCUACAAUUCUGCUGCUCUUUACUAUCAAACUUUGGUGCCAGUAACUUGAACAUUAGUCUUCAUUGCGUUGCCAAUGUUAUAUUCAAAUCACUGACCUAAAGACUUAAGACUAUUGGUAAACACUUUGGAUAAUCAACCAACUAAAUGGUGCUGCUUUUUAUUUAAUUAAUACAGCACUAGACAAACAAUCAAUGCAACACAGUGUGCUUCACUUAAAAAAAUCUAUUUUUAUGACUUAGAAAAUUUUUGGUUGAGUGAUUGUGCCAGUGUGCCUGGCAUCGUUAUAGGGAUGGCCCAGGGAGAUGUAUCAGAUAGCAGUAACUACAAAGUACAUUUCUCUGGAUUUGAAUAUUUUGUGUGCAUGUGUGUUUUGUUGAUAUGUGUGCGUGUAUCUUGUUUUUGUAGCACAGUGCUGACAUAUUCAGAAAAGAGAGGGUGAAUCUGGAGUCAGUGUGGCUUGAUUUCCCUAUUACUACCCAGUUGUGGCCUGACCUGCAUCUUUCCCUCCCACACAUACAUAUACACAUUGUCCCUAUGUCGUCAGCACUCUGUUGAAACAUAUUUUAGAUACCAUACCAUAGCAUAUAUUUUAUUUUUUUUGUGCUAAUGAUUGUAUUUUUGAUAAAAUACAAUCCACAUUUCUAACCAUAUGCAUCUUUGCACCAUUGUGAUGUUAGGCUCUUAACCCAUUGUAAUUGAUGUGUUUUAUUCAAAUUUGUUUCUAUAGCCUUCAAACCAACCUUUCACUGUAUCAUAAUACACAAGACUUUGUUUAGUUGUCAGAACUUCUUCUGGCAGAGCUCAGACAAUACAUUUCAGAGAGCUUAGAAGUAUAUCCAGUCCAACAAAUCACCAAGUAACCAAAGUCAGCGUAGAGUGACAGUGUUUCAAACAUGCAGUGCUAUACUUCAAUGACAGAUUGAGUGUUAGUUUUUACAUUCUUUUUAAAAUACACCCAUCUAUAAUUCUGCUGCAUUUUCAUUGCAAAAGCAGGGACUUUACCAGUAUUACAGUGGGUUUCUGGAAAGCGUGUGUGUGCGUGUGUGUGUGUGUGUGUGUGUGUGUGUGUGUGAGAGAUGCCAGGCAGUUGGCAGAGCAGAGACGUUCCCCUGCUGUUGCCACAGUGGUAGGCAGACGGGAGAGAGACAGACUCGGCCUGACAUAUGCUGGCUUAGAGGAGACAAGAGCUCCGCGCUGGGCCCCAAACUGCUGGUGUUGUACGCUGUUGUGUAGCUGGGAGGCUGUUCUGUGAGGAUCGCUAGACGCUGCGCUGGGUACUUUUCAGUCUGCCUUUGAAUAAGCAAAGCAGCUUAUGUAAGAUUUUGGGUCCAGGGUGAGAUCAAGCAAACAGCCUCCAAGGGCCUUCAAAGCUUGUGUUGAUAAAUGUAUUGCUGAAUAGUGGCAUAUACUCUAGAAAUUAAGCAUUAGCACUACAAGUAGUGUACAGUAUUUCUAUCAAUCUGUGCUCGGCUAGUUUCGCUGAAGGCUGCUACUGAAACAACAGAGGAGUUUCUCCCUUAUGCAAAUUGAUCAGGGCUGUGAAAAAAAGUCUAUCCACCACCUUUGAUUCAGUUUAAAGCAUAUAUCUGGCUCCUCCAAGAAGCAUUCACAUAACUGCUACAGGCAACAUUAUGUUGUAAUUUUAUCUUAAAAAUAAUAGCUUCAAAAUCAUUUUGAUGGUACACUGACUUGUAAUAUGGAGAAUGGUGUCAGUGCCACCACAGGCUAGGAGCGCCUGGUAUUACACUAUAUAACAUUGAAAUACUAGUGUAAUGCUUUAUGGCACCACAUCAGACACCAACAAGACUCUGUAAGAAGAAGCUUGCUCUGUAUUCUCCGUAUUGAUACCAAGGCAGCUGUCCUUAUUUACGACAGCAGUGAAUUACACUCAAAACUGUAAAGGUGCCAAAUCACAAAAAAACACCAAAUCUUACAUAAUGUUACAUUAAACAAUGAACACACCAUUUCAAAUAGUCAAGUGGAACCAGUGUCAGAAGUCACGAGGGAGUGAAAAAUGAUAAAAAGGAUUUGUACAAAAGAGACACAUACUUUGGUAAAUUUACACUGGACCAGCAGAAAUCAUGCAUCAUUUAGUUGGAGAACAAUUCCCUUUUGGAAAGAAAAAUAAUAUCUUAGUACUCCUGAGACACAUUUUCUAAACUAAGAACAAAAUCUCUGUGCUGAAAUGCCUGGGUCAAGGUUGACACCCAGUGAAAAUGAUUUUCUAUCUGUGAAAAAUAGGUUUUAACCUUUUCACUUAUUUUUGUCCAAAUAGGUAUGAACACACAGGAACAGCUGUAAGGGCCUCCUGGUACAAAGUGAUCUUGUAUUUCCUUGUUGAAACUUAUUUCAGUGGGUGUUUUAUGUUGGAUCCUUUUGGGUGACUUGUGUGGUGUGCAUGUGACCCUGUGAGCAUCGGAGGAUUCCUCACUUGUCAGAAAGCAACUGUGGUGGUGUUUCAGUUCAUCAAUUAUGGCAAUUUAACAGCUAGUCACCCACCAAAACCUUGUGAAAACUCCAAGGGCAGAAAAUUGCACCAGUGUCACGUUUAAUAUCAUGAGGGCAGCAAUUAACUACAAGUGCCAUCUUUUUUGACUUAUCCAGCAUACUGUAAAAGCAUUACUCCACACAGCUACAUAUCCAUAAAUUUUAUGUAAGCAAACCAUUCCUUCCAUUGCUUACCUUUUCUCAUUUCCAAUCGCAUAUUUCUAUCAUUUCAGCUUGUAUCUCGACAUCUGUGGCCUCACUUUCUGGUACGACUGUCUCUCUGCUUUUAACUCUAGAUCCCGUGAUGUGGAAUAUUUCAAGGGAACUUUUUCGUAACCAUGCUGUGGAAAAAGCGUCAGACUCACUGAGAUAGACUGAUACAACACUUCCUUGAACUUGGAAUGUGAAACCAUUCUAUAAUUACUAGAUAAAAUAAAAAACGUAGUUGUUUAGCUAAAACUAUUUUCAUCUCUUGUAUAUCAUAUCUAUAGUGAGGAUGAAUAUAAUGCCAAAUAUUCAUUAUUUGUAAAGAAAUAUAUAGAUAUAUAAAUAUAUAAUAUAUGCUUCAUUGAAACAUAACUAUUUUCUGCAUUUGCUCAUGUUCUGUUGUCAUUUUUACUUUGUUAUGGUAUGCUAUAAGCUGAUAUGAUGGCAUGCGAAAUACUGAUUUUGAAUGUAGGCUUAUUUAUUACUUUUUUUCUACGUUUUGACACUGUCCAACUGAUAUGUUAUGUAUUUAUUUAAGUCAAUCACAUAUGCAUUUCUCAGUGUGUUAUUUAAGUGCAAGUUACCCUAUCAUUUUUGCAUUCUUUGAGUAGUUUGCAACAACGUAUGCAUUUUUCUCCAUUCUUUCCUAGCUGAGCUAUUGAAAGAUUUUGCCUCUUUGAGUAGUUUGAUCAUUGCUGAGGUCAUCCGGUGUAAAUAAUUCUGCAAUUAAACUUUUGGAGAAAAAGUUUGGAAA